AUGUUGCAUUACUUUAACGUCACCCCGUUGUCAACCAACUACGACUUGGUUUCUCCUCUCUCGCUUCUCUUCUUUCUUUCUCUCAUCUCUUGCUUCUCUUCUCGCUUUCGUCUCUCCCUCUCUAUCUCUUGUCUGGCUUCUCUUCUCCCCUUCAUCUCUCUCUCUCUCUCUCUCAAUCUCUCUCUCACAUCACAUCACUCGCUCUCUCUCUCUCACAUAUCAUCAUCAUCUCUCUCUCUCUCUCUCUCUCUCUCUCUCUCUCGCUCAGCAACUCGCUGCUACGGCCUGUGUAUGCCCAAGCACCAGCCCGGGGUUCCGCUCACGCUAUUCUGCACCACCACUUGUCUGUCAACAACCAAUCGGGGUAGGGGCGCCCCGGCACCGGCGGCCAUGGCAUCCAUGGCCGAGGCCGAGUUGGCGGCUGCCAUCGAAGAGGAGCCCGGCCUUAUCCACUGCUUUGAAUGCAAUUUGCUUAACAUCGAUGACCCCGCUGCUAUCGCGGCCGUCACCUCCAUCGACUGGUUCUUUGGUUCGUGUCGCCCCAACUUUUGCUCCCGACCCCGCUCGCCCACUCGCUCGCAACCUUUGACCCACGCUGCCGUGCCCUCGCACGACCUCAUCCGCAUCAUCUGCAUCAUCCCCAAGCUGCAAAGCCUGCAGGGUAUUCCCUCCCACCUCGAAGAGCUAUGGGCCUGCGAGUGUCCGCUCGAAGAAUGGAGCGCCAUCGAAAACUGCAUUGCUCUUGAGAAGCUCUACCUCAUGAAUGCCCACAUUGCCUCACUCGAACCCAUGCGCGCCAUGAUGCUCAUGCAAUUGCGGACGCUCAGUCUGCGCGACAAUCUCAUCGCAGACUUGACGCCCUUGGCCCACUUGACGCAAACCCCUGCUGUCACUACAGCCACUGGCGUGAUUACACCAUCUGGUGUCUUUCAAAACUACACGAACUGGACCACGUUCCCAUUAGUGCCGAAGCCCGCGACUCGGCAACAGCUUCGUGACAGCAAUGCCCUAUGGGCCCGCUCCUACUUGACAAGCGUUCAGAGAAUGCUUCGCCACUAUUGGACGGGCACUUCUGCCCUGCACGCUCGCCUGCAGCACGCCGCCUCAAGCGAUGAUGCGCGUGCAGCUCAGCUUGAGGACUACCUCCAAGCUGCCCAUGAACAUCUUGAGGAACGUCUGUCAGCCCUCCCCACGGCAGCCACACUUUCAAGAUGGCGCGAGCGCCUGCCCACGCAGCUCUACGCUCUUCUAUCCCACGGUGGCAUCCAAAUUGCCAUCGGCACCGAUGAUCACAGGUGGUUCCAAAAACUGCGCCGGGAAUUGACCGGCAAGCCGCGCUUCGAUGCAGAAGCCUUCAAAAGGCAAGGCGUGCUAGCCGUCCGUCUUCACCGCUGUCUCAAGGUCCACUUACAUGCCAGCCGACACCCUAAAUUUGAGCCCACCCGUGGCAAAUUCGGCUUUACAGCCUAUCCUCGCAACCCUGUGCGGCGUAGCAAAACUGACAAGACUUCCACUGACCCCGCCGCCGCCGUCGCUGCUGCUACUGCUACGGUCGCCCCGUCGUCUGCGCCAAUACCCACGGUACCUCGCCCUGCGGCAUUCAGCAGCGAGUGGACUUACGUCUUCCUCGAUGGACCUGAAACGCCGGAUGAGUAUGAUGACGCCAUUGUCCGUAUCUUCCGUGACCCAACCGCCGUGCAUGCCUUUGGGCCGCAGCCUUGUGCCAAAAAGUCGGCAAGCAGCCCCAGCACCAAAACAAAAGGUCACAACAACCAACCCAAGCGUAAUCGUGACGAACUCAAAGAAACGGUUGUGGAUGACCAGGAUGUGGAAGCCUCAGAUGAUGAUGGCGCCGACACUGAGGACAUUGAUGAGAGCCUAUCAGAUCUGGAAAAGUCGGAUGCUGAAAAGUCGGAGGGCCACAAAUCGGAUGCUGACCCUGACGCAGAUAUCGACGAUGACAGCGUCGUCGAUUCCUCUACGGCUCCCAACCCGCUUUUAGCAGUUCCCAUGUAUGUCGUUGAUCUAGAAUUAUGUUGCCGUGAACUGCGUAUCUCUGUACCACCCGCGCCUGAAGCUAUACAAAGUAGCGCUGGCUACACCGAAGGACGUGAACGUCAGCGUCAAGCCGUGCGUCUCUUCGAUUCCGAACUGCAGGCUCCAACACUUCUUGAGUGGCUUGGUGGCUCUCCCCUGGCUUCAGUGACCCAACUUUGCCUUGUGGGCGCCCGCCUUCGCCGCCUACCGGCUUUAGCUGCUCUUGCCGCCCUGAAGGAGCUAGAUGUUAGCCACAAUGACCUACGUGAGCUGACACUUGUGCAGCAUCCCAAGCUGCGCACUGUGCGCGCCGUCUGCAAUCAAAUCGCGCGCUUCAAGCUCGAUCGCAUGCCUGCGCUUGAGAGUUUGGACCUUUCUUGCAAUGCGCUCGCCAGCGUUUGCCAGUUGAGUAACCUUGAUCACUUCCCAAAGCUGCGCACUGUUGCUGUCAACUGCAACCCGUUUCAAGAGUUUAUGGACGGACCAGACUACGUCAAAAGCAUGUUUACUGUGCUCCUGCCCCAAAUUCGGGUCUGCUGCAGCGUUCUCCCCCGUCAUCAGGCAGAGGAGGUGGCAUCUCCGCGACUCGCCAAGACGGACGGUGCCAAAGAUGAUUCAAAUGCGCGAGUGGAUGAGGAUGUGGAUGUGGACCUAGAUAUCGCAGCAGCUGUACCUUCCCCGCGUCGGCGGCGCGCUCGGGACUCCUUCGCACUUCAAGCCGAAGAGGAAUUGUUUGGUUUGCGCCAGCCAUUUGCCGCCAAGCAGUUUUAUGCUCUCUCGCAGCCAGACCCUGACCACCUGGAGAUCCUGGCACAGGACCCCAAAUUUGGUGUUGCGCGUUUGGCGCCGGAACGCCUGCGGCGCGUGGGAUUGGCGGAAAUUGUCGUGAGCUCUGCCCAGCCCCUCACCAUUACAGCCGUGCUCUCUGGUCUGCAACAGUCGGCGUCCACCGACACGCUCACGGCCCUCUCUCUAUCGCGUUGCCAGUUACGCUCGCUCGACGCCAUCGUGGUUUGCGACAACCUCGUUCAUUUGGACAUCUCGCAUAACCUGGUCCACUCACUCGAGCCGCUCAAGGGACACCUAUGCAAACUCAAGCGUCUGGCCGUGGAUCACAACGCUCUCUCUUCCUUGGCUGGUGUAGAGGGCAAAGCAGCCAUCUGCACGCUGAGUGCCGCUUUCAACUUUAUUAGCGAGCUCAAGCCUCUUACCACCUGCACAGCAUUGCAGCAACUGCAUCUCAACAACAACAGCAUUAGCAACCUCCGCGAGAUUUUCCACCUGCGCCAACUGACCCACCUCUCCGUGCUAGAUAUCUGCCACAACCCGCAUCAGCGCCGGUCAGCCGCCCGUGACCUCUGCAUUUAUCAUCUUGGCCGACAGCUCAAGCAGCUUGAUGGCCUUGAUGUCACAUCGGAAGAGCAACGGCGAACUCGCAAGCGCCUAGAUGCUCUUUUGACGGUUGACCGCAUCGUGGACAUGGUGGGCGAGCAACGCGCUCGCGAACUCGACGCCCUUGAGUUGCGCUCUGUUCCGUUGCGCAGCAUUCAUCUUUCCAAUGAGCUGGCCUUUCGCAACCUCACCACCAUCAACUUGGACGGCAACCUGCUCAACCACUUUGACGCACUGGGCCAGCUACCGGCCCUUCGCAUGCUCAGUUUGGUAGGCAAUCGGAUUCGCCGACUGACUGCGGCCCGCCCAUCUUCAGCCUCCAAUGAAACCAUGGCCACUGCUCGAGAUGUCAUUGCCGCGCGCAGCGGGGCGCUGAACCACCGACGCAGCGGCGUCUCACAGCAGAUUCAGGACCGGUUGAUUGUUGAUCCCAAGACCGUUGUUCGCUCUAGCUCAGCCACAGAGUCGUCUGGGCCGUUAUUUGCGCAACUGGAAACGCUCUUGCUUGGUAAAAAUGGCAUCACACACUUGGAGCCACUGCAGUUGCAUCGCUUGCCACGACUGCGUGUGCUGCACCUGGAUGAGAACGAUAUUGGGAGCACCGAAGGCUUGGGAGGCCUCCAUGCCCUUGAGCUGCUGGUGUUGGACAAAAACAGGGUCAAGGCCAUUCCUGCCUCAUCUUUACCCACAUGCAGCCAGCUUCGCGUGCUGUGCUUAAAUUUCAAUCGGCUUCAAGACCUCUCACCCUUAGCCGAGUGCAUGAAACUCCAGGUGCUGCAGGUGACGCACAAUCGCGUCGCUCACGUGAAGCAAAUUGUGGCCCUUGCGGCUUGUGCGAAUCUUCGUGAGCUACAAAUUGCAGACAACGAUGUGGAGCGGCGACUUCACUUCCGGGCCGAGGUCAUCAUGCACCUUCAAAACCUUACGGCGCUCAACGGUGCACUUGUCAGCCAGCAAGACAUGGUGGAUGCCAUGGCUUUGACGGAGCAAGCCGUGGCAGCCCAUCCACCGUCCGCAAUGCAGUAUGAAACGGAAGCACUGCCCGUUCGAAUCGAGUCGAUGGGCAAUCGUGCCAAUAUCAAUAGCAUGGCGUCCUUUGAGCCUCGUGCCCUGCGCUCGCGGAUCCUCAAGUCAGAGAUUUCUGAGAGCAAGCCUGAACCAGAUCAUCUGAGCCGAGGCCAAGUCCGCCAGCCCAGUGCCACGAAUCGGCACCCGUUGAGCGACUUUGUGACGGCCAUGGCGGCCAACCCCUCGAUCACCAAUAACCUGGCGCUGGAAGUCUUACCCAUGCGAAGUCGCCCGCCCACCACAUCCAAAAUGGCGCGUUUGCCACAUGAUCGCAGCACCGUGCGCACCAAACCUCGGCGCAAAGCCUCCAUUCCCAAGGAAGGACGGCUGCAGCCCCUUGAUCUGGGCAUCUCGAGCCGCGGGCUGGUUGUCCCUCGCGACGACCAAGCUUUGGGCAUCGCCUUGGACCACACCCCCAGCCACCCUGUCACCCAGAUGGAAGUGACGCGGACGAGGAAUACAUCCAACACCUCGACUAGCCCUCGCAUGCGCCGAGCGCGACUCCCUGCGGGGGCUUCCCGGGCUCUUCCCCAUUGGUCUUUGACUUGA